CUGAGCCAUCAGCCCAGAGCCUGACACAGGGCUCGAACUCACGGACUGUGAGAUCAUGACCUGAGCUGAAGUCAGACGCUUAACCGACUGAGCCACCCAGGCACCUCUUUAGUGUUUAUUUUUGAGAGAGCUCAUGAGCUUGCAUGAGCGGGGGAGGGGCAGAGAGAGAGAGAGGGAGAUAGAGGAUUUGAAGACUCUUGUGCUGACAGCCCAAUGCAGGGCUUGAACUGAUGAACCGUGAGAUCAUGACCUGAGCCAAAGUUGGACGCUUAGCCAACUAAGCCACCCAGGCACCCUGAAAUGACUUUUCUAAAGGCACACAUACAUGGCAGGGUCAGGAUUUGCACCCGGGCACCCUAGCUUCAGAUUCUGUGCUCUUCAUCACCACUCUAUACUGUCCCCCUCAGUUUCCCCCCAUUUCUUUCAUGAUUUGGUUCUGCAUAGGACGGGGGUUCUGCUGCUGCCCUCCUGAAGGUUUCUCUCUCCUCCGCAGGGCCAAUCUCUGGGGCUCUGUAAGCAUGGCCUGCUUCUCUUGUGUGAGGCCUUGGCUGAUUGGGGCGUGUGUGAUCUGCAGCUCCAAAUCCAGCCAUGUCUGUCUCAGGGGCUGGAGGUGUUGUGUGGGACUUUGGGAGGGAGGAUAUCAGUGUCACCAGAGUGUCUCUCAGGAGCUUGGGGGAGCCUGGGAAGCUCUGCCUUGGCCCUGGACACCCCAGCCCUGGAGAGAUUUGCUCCCAUUGGCUUGUGCAGUAGAGCAGAGCUUGGGAGCAUCACCAGAUAUAAGACUUCCUGACCUUUCUCAAGAAUCACGUGCUUGUUUUGCUGUGACAGAACACUCUGAGCCAUCCAGUGCCUCACAGUGAUGCAGUCGUUUGCUUUUUUUUUUUUUUUUUCUUUUGUUCAAUAUUUAGGAAGCAAUUACUAGGCAACCGCUGUGCCUAGGUCAGGGCUUUGGAGAAAACAAGAGAAAGAAAUGUAUAGCCCUUUCCCUAGAAGGGCAAAAAUGUGUUUGAAACAAGACUUACUCAGGAAGGAUAAUUAACCUACAAAGCAGCAUACACACAUGUGAGAGAAGGAAGGGGUCAGGAGAAGGGUGAAUUCAGCAGGGUUGGAGUGAUCAGGGUGGCUUUCUGGGGGAGGCAGGUCCUUGAAUGAUAGCUGAGGCUGUGAUGGAGGCUGGGUGAGUUUUUGGGAGGGAGACUUCCCUUCCUGAAGGGAAAGUGAGUGUUCUGGGGCUGGGCCGGGAGAGGGGAGCUGAUCUUAGUUUCCUCCGUGCCUCUCUUAGCAAAACAGCUUGACUUUAUAUUUAUUUAUUUAUUAUUAUUUUAAUAUAGUGGUAGUAUUUAACAUUUUGUUUUAUUUUGUGUUUUUUUUAAAGUUUAUUUAUUUUGAGAGAGAGAGACCACACGUGCUCAUGUGGGUGGGGGGCAGAGAGAGAGGGUGAGAGAGAAUCCCAAGCGGGCUCCACGCUGUGCCUGCCGUGGGGCUCGUCUCACAAAUCAUGACCUGAACCGAAAUCAAUUGUCGAUGCUUAACUGACUAAGGCACCCAGGUGCCCCAUUAUUAUCAUUUCUUUGAGUAGUUUACUUGGUUCAAAUUCUGAAGGUACAGAAGGUGUGCCAUGAAAAAAUCUCCUUUGCCCUGACCUUAAAUCAUCCAGCUCCUGUCUUCAGAGGCAUGAGUAUUGCCAGUUCUUGGGUAACUUUUCAAAGUUAUUCUAUGCAUUUAAUGUUUGUCUGCACAAAUACAGCGUUCUCCACACACAGGUUUUACCUAUGCUCAGACUGACCAUCCCACACAGGAUGUUUAUUUGUCAUCUCCACCUAUGGUGCGUCUGAACUGGGACCCUGGCAGAGGGGACAGACACUGCUUAGCUUUGUCCCCUAUGACCCAACACUCCUAUGUUGGGUGAAUAUGGGGUUAGGAUCAAACUGGAGAGGGGGUGUGGUUAAGUAGAAUUUCUUCCUAGUCCCCAACCCCCAUUUGACCAAGACCGUCUGAGAGAGGUCAUCUUGCUGGUUCUCUCCUUCCUCCUGGACAGAGUCAUCACUGGGGGGUCCUGGGCCACCUUGCUCCUAGGGGCUGAUGACGGCUUAUAAAAGGCCCUUGAUAGACCGUGAACCCAAAUCUUUAUGUGUGGUUUGGCCUACUUUUCAGAGUGCUUUCCUGGCAUCAUCUCAUUUCAUUCUUCCCUGUGGGCAGACAAGGUGACCCCCAUUUUUACAGAUGUGGAGACUGCCGUCUCGGGAGGUGAAAUGACUUGUCCAAGGUCACAUGACUUGUUAGUGGCAGCCAGAUCUCUGACUUGCAAGCCCAGUGCUUUUUCCCCUACCUCGUGCUUUUGGCUGUACACACUUCCUGCUGCUGUUGGGGUGGUUAGACUCGUCUCUGGGCAUUUUUAUGGCUUUUCCUCUGCCAAGUGAGCAUAGUCGCUGGCCAGUCUGAGGCAAGCUGACAGUGACAGGCCUCUGGAGCCUGCAGCAGUAGGGGGCACUAGCUGAGAUGUUUGUGCCUAGGAGGGAAGCUGGACCUGGCUGGGCUCUGAGGUGGUACAAGCUGCACUCCAAGGCGGGCAAGAAGGAGAAGGAACGUGGAGAGAUUCAGGUCACCAUCCAGUUCACUCGCAAUAACUUGAGCGCCAGCAUGUUUGACCUGUCCAUGAAGGACAAGCCGCGGUCCCCUUUCAGCAAGAUCAAGGACAAGAUGAAGGGCAAGAAGAAGUAUGAGCUGGAAUCUGCCUCCGCCAUCCUCCCAAGCAGCGCCCUGGAGGACCCUGAGCUGGGCAGCCUGGGCAAGAUGGGCAAAGCCAAAGGCUUCUUCCUGCGCAACAAGCUACGCAAGUCCUCCCUGACGCAGUCUAACACCUCGCUGGGCUCGGACAGCACCCUGUCCUCGGCCAGCGGGAGCCUGGCCUACCAGGGCCCGGGCGCAGAGCUCCUCACACGCUCGCCCAGCCGUAGCAGCUGGCUGUCCACCGAAGGGGGCAGGGACGCUACCCAGUCCCCCAAGUUGCUCACUCACAAAAGGACCUACAGUGAUGAGGCCAGCCAGAUGCGAGCGGCUCCACCCCGAUCCCUUCUGGACCUCCAGGGCCACCUGGAAGCUGCCUCCCGCUCCUCGCUCUGUGUCAAUGGGAGCCACAUUUACAACGAGGAGCCCCAGGCCCCCCUGCGGCACCGCAGCUCCAUCUCGGGCCCCUUCCCACCCUCCAGCUCCCUGCACAGUGUGUCUUCCCGGCCUGCUGAGGAGGGGACUCGGCCCGCAGAUGACUCCGGGGGCAGAGGCAGCCGCAGCACCAGCAGCUCAGAGGUGCUGCCCGGACAGGAGGAGCUGAGCUCUCAGGCCAAAGUGUUGGCCACUGGGGCCAACCGCUCUGGAGAGGAAGAGGGGGCCCGGCUCCCAGAGGGAAAGCCAGUACAGGUUGCCACACCCAUGGUGGCCUCCUCCGAGGCUGUGGCCGAGAAGGAAGGAGCCCGGAAGGAGGAGCGGAAGCCCCGGAUGGGCCUCUUCCACCACCACCACCAGGGGCUGAGUCGGAGCGAGUUGGGGCGCCGUGGCUCUCUGGGGGAGAAGGGGGGUCCCACGCUGGGGGCCUCCCCCCACCACUCAUCCAGCGGGGAGGAAAAGGCCAAGAGUAGCUGGUUUGGCUUCAGAGAAGCCAAGGAACCGACUCAGAAACCCAGUGCCUCCAGGGCCAGCCCCACCCCCCUGGCCUCCCCUGGGAAAGCCCCGCCUGAGUGGGACGACACCUUCAACGUCUUUGCUGCCAGCAGGCUGCGUCCAGAGGCCAGGAGCAAGAUCCUGGCCCCUGCAGGAGUGGGGCUGGAGGUGACUGGGCUGCAAGACCAAGGCCGUGGGGCCAUGACAAUGAAGGCAGCUGAGCCCCGGGGGGACCCUGGGGGAGGAGGAAGAGGUGGGAGCAGCGUGUGGCUGGAGCCCAGGGUUCCUCUGGACUUGGGACUGGACCGCCAGAGCAAGAGCACAGCUGACCUGGGGCCCCUUGGGUCGAUAGGGGCCUGCCUGCCCUCUACGUCAGCCCAGCUGCACCCGAGAGCCUCAGACUCUGAAGCAGACAGGGAGCCACCAGCCCCAGGAGGGGAAGCAGGGCAGAGUCCAGCAGACAGUGCGACGUCUCUGUUUAGCUCCCCAGAAGUGAUCAGUGUGUGGGAAAGACUGCCUGGCCCAGACGACGCCCCUGAGGGCAAGGACGAGGCAUCCCAAGGCGAAGGCCAGCUUUUGCAUGAGCUCAAUACAGUGGAAGAUUCAUGGCCUUGGGAUGUGGUCACCAUUUCUCCUGCAGCUGAAAUGUCUUCACCGGUCCUGCGGGGAGAGUCUGAUGAGCUGCCUCCUCCCCAGAUGCAGCCAGAGUCACCAGAAGCUGUGAGCCCCAAGGGGAGUGAGGGGCCUCCCCCACUGGAGCUGGAGCCAGAGCCUGAGCCAGAACCCAAACCUGAGCAGGUGUUGGACAAGGAACUGCAGCCCAGCAGGCCACCUCCCAAGCCACCACGCCUCUUCACACCCUCAGAUUCUCAGGAGGAGGAGGAGGCGGCCACGGCAGCUGCUGCAGGGGGGCUGAGAAGCAGGGGGGCAGAGACUGGAGGAGAAGACGACCUCCCAAGCAUGCUGGUUGCUGGUCCACAGGAGGCCAAGGAGGAGGGCGAGGCCCCUGGGUCGGAGUCUGACAGCCAUUCUUCCAGAACCCUGCUGAGUGGGCCAGGCCUGGAAGACGUAGUGGAGGGUGCCAGCCCUCCUGUGUCUGGGCCCUACUUAUCCCUGCCCACUAGCUGCCCUGAGGGUCCUGCCCCCAUACCCCAUUACUCAAAGAGCUUGGCUCCUCAGAGUCAGCAGAUCCGGGAGGCUCCAGAGAAAGGAGGGAGCCCUGAGGGUCCUGAGGCCCAGACCCAAGGACCAGUGGGAGAGGGGCUUGGGCCCUUGCCCGGCAGCUCCCAACACACUGACCUCUGGGCGUCAGAGGAGGAUGCCUUGAACCCCUUUUUGUCUCAGGGGAACCAAGACCCCCCCAGUCUCCCGUCCACAUCCCCUCCAGGGUCCAGGGAAUCUUCCAUCCUCUCUGGUCCAGAAGAGCUGCCCACGCCCCCAGAGCCUGCUUUUCCACCGCCCCCUCUCCCGUCCUGGGCCGGCCACCGCCAUGGGGAGCCCAGCCCUCCAUGCUCUCCUCUGCCUGGAGCUCGGCCCCUGACUUCUUCCUCCCCACCCCCUGGGGAGCCAGCCUCCUCCCCUGGGGGCUCCCCUGCCCCACUUGGGGAGGACCACGCUGCAACCACCCCAGCCUCCCCGCUUGUGCUUCUGCCCUUGGAGACACGACCAGCUGAGGAGCCACAACCCAGUGCCAGCCCCCACCCUGUGAAGCCCCUCAGUGCUGCCGCUGUGGAGGGCAGCCCAGACAGGAAGCAGCCUCGCUCCAGUCUGAGCACAGCUCUGAGCAGUGGGCUGGAGAAGCUCAAGACCGUCACAUCGGGCAGCGUUCAGCCUGUGGCUCCAGCCCCCUACGUUGGCCAGACUGUGGACGCCAAGCAGCUGAAGGACUCGGGUGUGCUGGACCAGUCGGCCAAGUACUACCACCUGACCCACGACGAGCUCAUCGGCCUGCUCUUGCAGCGGGAGCGGGAGCUGAGCCAGCGGGACGAGCAUGUGCAGGAGCUGGAGAGCUACAUUGACCGGCUGCUGGUGCGGAUCAUGGAGACCUCACCCACACUGCUGCAGAUCCCCCCUGGCCCCCCAAAGUAGCCUUCCUCACCCCUGCCCCCGGGAGGGUCAGCGUGCACCCACUGCCCAAACAAGGGCUUGCGCUGCCCUCCUUCCCGCUGAACUCACUCUCACCUGGGCAGGCUGCUGUCUGUCCUCUGUUGUCACUCCUUGCUCCUCUUCCCUUCUGCCUCCGUGGGGCUGCUGGAAGGGGGACCCUUUGGACUCCCAUUGGAGGCAUCAGGUUCCAUGUACAACUUGUGUGUUUUGGGGAGCCCUCAGUCGUUCCCACCUGCCUAUUUCCAUAUCCCUUAGUUUUAGGGGCUCCAGGGAAUUGGAGCAAAGAAUUUAGUACUCGAGGGGGAGCAGGGGUGAGCUGCAAUUUGAUGUGGCAUCUGGGACAUACUUUAUUACCCCACAACAAUGGUCAGUCAUUUUGUCCAAGGCUAAACCCUUGUCCUCAUUUGUCUUCAGCCCCUGGAGGGCUCCUAGCAUUACUGGGGUUGGGGCUGUGGCAGGAACCAAGUUGCCCAUUUUGGAGUUAUGGGCAACAGAAGUCUCAUGUCUGUUCCCUUGAGAGCAAGGAGCCUGUAUGGUCUGGUCUCAUCUCUGCUGUGUUCUGAUUUUCGUGUGUUUCCAGCUGUUUGCAGAACGAGUGCCACGUGGAUGGAUGGGGAUGAUGUGUGUUUUCCAGGCCCCCCGCCCUGCCCUCCUCUUCUGAUCUUUCCAUUGAGUGUCAUGUGUGAAUGUAUGGAGAGCUGGGGCAAGUGUGGGGAGAGCACCUCCUCACCUGCCUCCAAGCUGUGGGCCCCUCCAGGCCUCAGGGCUUUGGGCUGCUUGUGUUUGGGGAUGAAGCCUCCAUCUUUGUUUUUGUUGCCUGUCCAGAUGCCAAAACUCUGUGCUGCGGCAGGGUUUGCACUUUUGGAAACCAAUUAAAAUGUGCCUUUUGUGGGUGGGGUCAAGAGCCUCUGGAUGCAGACCUCUCUCUCUCUGUUUGGUGUCCCCCUCCCUCCCUGUUGAGCACACGGGGCUGGAUCUGUCAGAGCCCUGGACAUGGGAGAGGAGGAUGGUGAGACUCGCUGCACCCUGUGCCCCUCCCCCAGAGUUCAGUUAAGGGUCUGGCGAAGCUGCCACUGCUCCUUUAACUUUCCUGCCACCUUCUCUUCCUCCCUCAACCUCAUUUGCGGAGGGUCCUGGGAUAAAAACUACAUUCUGGAAGUGGGAGGUCCCACUCUGCCCAUACUUAGGAAAAAAGCCUUUGUUGCUCUCCUCUCCAUCCACUGGCUGCUCUCCCAGCCUGUCCCUUCUGCCCCAUGGCCUUGCCUGGCUUGGCUGCAGUGCACUUUGAAAUGAAGUGUCUGUCUUUUGGCCCAGCCCUGGUUAGCUUGCAGAAAACAUGGCCGGCUUCCCAUGGCAUCUACAGGGAACCUUUAGUGGCUCGCGUGCCCUGAUUUGGCAAAAGUUUUGGGGUAAGGAGGCACUGAAGGAGGAUACUUUUGGCCCAGGGAGGAGGUGAGAGCUCGUCUGGAAUUACCUCUUCUUCCUGAGAGAGCCUAUGGGAUCUUUCCGACAGCCUUGGAAGGACAUGUGCUCUGUGGGUGAUGUCUUCUGCCAGGAUGAAGCAGAGGAGCCCCGACACAUGGGGGAAAGCCCCUGUAAUGUUAUCUACCUUAACGAUCACUCAUCAAAGCUGAGGAAGUGUGUCCAGGUGUCCAGAUCUUGGGUCAUGGUUUUUUUGGGGGUCAGUGGGGGUUGGGUAGGUGUCUCUUCUGGGGGAAGGGGAGCACUCCUCUACUAUGUAUUCUUCCGGGCUCUAUUCAUUACCAGCCCUGACCCUGAUCUUCCACUCAUCCUUGAUUGUGGGCCUCCAAAAUGCCCAGGGCAAGGAUGUCUUCAGAAGAGCUUUGAGUUGAAGCCCAAGGUUCUUGUUGGAUGUUUCUGCUCCUGGCCACGACUUGGAGAGUUGCAGGUGGGGUGGGCAGAGAGCAGGCACAGUUCUGCUUUGCUGUUUGUCUUCCUAGUUGUAACUCCUGUUUAUAAAGAGCUUGUUCUUCAUGUUUUGAGCACUUUAUGAAGAAUAAAAAGUUCAUAUACUG